CACGUGGGCGCGCGGCGGGAGGGGCGGGGCGUCGCGGCCGUUGGGCCUGGUUUGCCGGGAGGGCGCGGCGUCUUUCGUCUCCGGGUUCUCCCGGGCCGCCCGGAGCCCGGCAGGACGGUCGUUGAGGCGGGCGUGGGCCUCCCGGGGCCGGCCCGCCAGGUGCUGCGAGAAUGACCAUGGCCCAGGCCGGAGCGGUGGUGGCGGCCGCUACGGGAGUCCUCGUCUUCUUCCUGUAUGCCUCCAUCCACAGGGUUGAGGAGGGGCACCUGGCCGUGUACUACAGGGGUGGUGCGUUGUUGACUAGUCCAAGUGGACCAGGCUACCACAUCAUGUUGCCCUUCAUCACCACGUUCAAAUCUGUACAGACCACUCUGCAGACUGAUGAAGUGAAAAAUGUGCCUUGUGGAACAAGUGGCGGUGUUAUGAUCUAUAUCGACCGAAUAGAAGUUGUGAACAAAUUGGCACCGUAUGCAGUGUAUGAUAUUGUAAGAAAUUACACUGCGGACUAUGACAAGACCUUGAUCUUCAAUAAAAUUCAUCAUGAGUUGAAUCAGUUCUGCAGUGCACAUACUCUCCAGGAGGUUUACAUCGAGCUGUUUGAUCAGAUAGAUGAGAAUCUGAAGUUGGCCCUGCAAAAAGAUCUCAAUGUCAUGGCACCAGGUCUUACCAUCCAGGCUGUGCGUGUUACAAAACCUAAAAUCCCUGAAGCCAUCCGAAGGAAUUUUGAGCUAAUGGAGGCUGAGAAGACUAAGCUCCUCAUUGCAGCCCAGAAGCAGAAGGUAGUAGAGAAGGAGGCAGAGACAGACCGGAAGAAAGCGCUCAUUGAGGCGGAGAAGGCUGCCCAGGUGGCCAGGAUUCACUAUCAACAGAAGAUUAUGGAGAAGGAAACAGAGAAGCGAAUUUCUGAGAUUGAAGAUGCUGCAUUCCUAGCAAGAGAGAAGGCAAAAGCAGAUGCAGAGUACUACACUGCUCAGAAGUUGGCUGACUCCAACAAGCUGAAACUUACCCCAGAGUAUCUGGAACUCAUGAAAUACCAGGCAAUAGCUGCAAACAGCAAGUUGUAUUUUGGCGACAGCAUCCCCGGUGUGUUUCUGGAUUCUUGUGCCUUCCAGCAAGCUGAUCUGAGGACUACCAGAAAAACCAACCUUCCUCCUCAGGAAAUCCAGGAGAGCCCUGCAGACAGCCACUUCAAAACAAAGGGAAAUACUGGCUGACAGAGGUGGAACAGAACCCAUUGUAGCUCAACAGCUCUCCCAGCUGUGAAUGGGGAUGUUGCCCUGUGUUUGAUGGGGCAGAUGCAGCAUGUGCGUGGGCAUCCUGUCUAUAGUUGGCAGUUGGGUUGAUUUUUCUUCUAGCAAUGAAUUGCAAGUACUCUGCCUCUCUUGUUUCUUCCCUAUAAAAUUGGUGCUUCCAAAUGAGGGAAUAUCCUGUACUAACAAACUUAUACUGGAAUAUUAAAGGACAGAUACCAGGAAAGCCUUCCACAGCAGGUGCAGUUAUUUAGCAAGCGUUAUCUUUGAGGUAGGAGAUGUGGCUUUUGAGUGCUGUAUGGCUGCACGCUAUUUCCCACUGCUCCUUGCUGAGGCCAAGGAAAGAAUUUGCCUUCAUCUUGCUUGAUACAGCUUCACUUUGUCGACUCCAUGCUUCCAUCAACAUGAUGUAAUUCUCUUCAAGGAUUCUGUGUUGAUCAGCAGAGGCUCCUGAUUCUCCUCUGGAAGAGACCCAGCAAGGAGUUUGGUGUGGAAUAGAUGAUUUAAAUAGGAUCUGCAUAGCCAUAACCUUUUCCGUUCCUGUAGGCAGUGAAACUAGAUAAUGGCUCAGAGAAAGAAGUCUCAGACAGGUUUCUGUAACACACCUCCUCCAAUCUAGAGCCCUAUGCUGGGUGUCCAUGGCUGGCUGCAGCAUGCUUUGCCUGGAUGACUGGGUCUUGCAUUGCACUGUAAGCCAGAAUUCAGAGUGCACUGGAAAACUUCGGCUGCUUGGGAAGAGUGGGUCCAGCACUGUGAAAUCUGUGCUCAGACUGCAGCAUCCCUCUGGGUCUUUUCACCAUGGAAAGAGUGCUGAAUUUCCACUGCUUUGCCCUGCUGUGAAGUGAGGAGAGAAGGAAGAGCAACGAGAGAUGCAAGACAUCCUUGGGCCAGAGGGCAGGAGUCUUUGUGUUACGCUGCUCCUCAAACAUUCUGUUAAGGAUCACAGUGAGGCAGAGAAUCAGUGCCUGAUGUAGCCUGCCCAAGCCCAGUGCUGCCACAUGCUUGCCAUCCCACUUUGCAGUUUCUUCUGCUCUGCUGCAGAUCAUGUUUGAUUCCUCAGCUGCAAAGCCAGGGAGACAUCACAUUUCCCAGUGAUGCAGCAAAGGUGAAUUUGUUCCUAUAAUCUGCUCUUCUAUUCCAUGUUCUGCCCAUUUUUUCUGGGGUCUGUUUCUUGUGUUCUGUGACAAUCUCAGAAGAUGUUGAUGAGGACCUGAGCCAGAAAACCACGUCCCAGCUUGCAUUGCUGCCCAAUCGCUGUGUGCACAUCAGUCCUAUUUUCCCUAUCCUGCAUGGCAUGUUUGACUUAAAGGUCUGCAGUGUCUCUCCUUGACAAAGUUCAGUAACGUACAGUGCCUUACACUUUCUCAACUCCUGCCUGACUGCCUCUCUUUCAUCUCUGGGGGAGAGCAGGGAUGUUUUGACCUUUUCCUUCCUCCAGCUGUCUACAGACUCCCAGUAUCCAGAUGGUAGCAUGUUUUGUAGCUGUGGUGAUUGAAAUGUCUCCUGGAAAUACUCCUGGAUUUACAGGAUCCCCUUUUUCCUGUGGGAAGGACUGUGAGGAGCCAGUGGAGCCACAUCCCUGACCAGCUAGCUCCUUGCUGUUUCUGAUUUGCAGCACUGACUUUACAGCAGAAGGGCAGCUUCUCCUUGUUGCAGCAGCAGCCAUUUGGGUUGACUUUUAAAUACAAGCUUUUUGAGAUCAGAAGUAUUUGAUGGUGUUACAGACUUGCCUACAGCUCUGCCACAUGCUGACAUCAGACCACAAGUGGGUUAUGCCAACCUGGAAUUGCCAAGGAGCAGAAGCAGCAAGGAAUCUUGAGAAGCAAUACUAAGUCAUAACGACCCCAUGCGGGGAGAAGGGAAGCUGGUGCAGAAAGUGGUGAGCCUUGGCCCUAGGCAGCAUUGUCAACCCAUCUCCUGCCACUGCCCAGAUGGAGACUGUCAGCUUGGCUAAAUGUCAUCCUGUGUUCAGAAGUCCUGCAGCAAUGUUUGCGUAGGGCUUAGUGCUGUGUGCAGGAACCUCUCCUAUUCUCAUCUGCUUGCUGUGUUGUCAGUCCUAGCAUCCUGAGCAGGUGUGAGGAGUGCAGCUAGUAGACAGGGCCUUGGCUCCUGGUCAGUGCUACGAGACAGAGGGAACGUGGGUUUGAACUUGUUUUGCUCCUUUCUCCUUGCGUGCUCUUCUGUCUAAGAGGGGUUCGCUACUGGAUCAGCAGCACCUUCUUAAAGGAAACAUGAUACAUAUGUUCAAGUUUACAUGCACAGUGUUCUUUUGAUAAAAACAAAAUAAAACUAUUUUGGUACCAUU